AUGAGAGAAGGCCUGGAUAUCCCCUCCUUCGGGUACCUCCCAUUCGACCAUUUCGUCGUAGUAAGCCCCCUUUCCCUAGAACAUAUCUAUGACAACAAGUUUAUACCUAGCUCUCCAACUCUAGGCAAACUGGGAUGCCGCGUCCCCGCUCUCCAAAAACGAGCAGAAAAGAAGCCUUAUCGAGAAAUGGAUCGCGCUGGGAAUAUACGGACGAAACGUAGCUAUCUACCUACCACCAUCUAUCCAUUGAACGAACCCCACCCACUAACCAACAAACCCCAGGACUACGUCCUUGCUAUGUUCGACGACGACAUCAUGGAGCAACUCAUCGACCAUCCCCCCACCGGGGUACCGCAAGACCUCCUUUCGGAGAAUGACCGCGCCAGAAGCGGCUUGAUCACCUCCACGCUGUGGAUCCGGACCUGGUUCGGCGAUCCUACAGAUAAGACGAGCCAAGAAGCCGCAGAUACGGCGUACGCCCGACUCCGGAAGGAAGUCCUACAGCGGGGGGACGAGAACAACAACAUUUACUGUAUGUUCGAGGAGUUCAUCUUCGAGGACCGGCAGGAACUGAGCGCGGAUGCCCAGCGGGGUGAGGAUAUUGUCGGGGGCGUUGCGGUCGGCCGUCCUGGCUCUGUACCGGGGUAUCUGAUUGCAGCGCAAAUGCACUUGGCCGACCUGUUUGAUGGAACGUCGGAUAGGCCUUGGCGACAUUUUACGGGGGAGGAGCGGGCCGAGUCGCUGGCGGAGAGUGAUCGGACACAGAGUGCGCUGGUUGUUGUUGCGGAUCGGAAGGCCUGCGAGGAGGGCUGGGUGCUGGUCCUGGCGGUAAAUCAUCGGGGAGAGAUUCUUCCCUUUAGGGUGCGUGAGCGGGCCAAGGAGGCGGCGAAACUUAUGUCCAAUUGGGAUGACGAGGUUCCUUUGGCGGACAUAGUGGAUGACGAGGAUGAAGAUGUGGAGUGUUACUUAGGGGAAGGGGAUGGGUGGGAGUCACAAUAA